AUGUCUAAGCUUAAACGAUCAGGUGACGUUGCCAUGCAUUGCUUACCAUUUAGAGGGCUCCUAGAAGACGAUAGUCAUUUCUUAAAGUUUCAGCUUGCUAUAAACGAUAGCUUGUUAAUGGGUGAUAUCAAAGCCGAUCCAAAAGCUAAACUUAGUUGGAUCAUGCCAAAAACCAAAGAAUACUACAAUAUCACUGGAAAAUUCUACAUAGCAUCGGCACCUACGCAAUUGACGCGGUUUCCACCCCCAAAAAUAAGUAGUAAUGAUGGACAGACUACCGCUGAUUAUUGGGAGCAGCAGAGAUUAAACGAGUGGAAUAAACUAAGUUCGAAAGCGAGAGCCACAUUCACUUGGCCGUCACGAGCGGAAACGCCCAAGUCUGCCUUCAAAUCAUUCAACUGUCAAUCUCUUGAUAAAAGCCAGAAAUCAGUACUGCAUGAAAUAGCCUUGGAUAAUUUUUGUUUACUGGUAUUUAAAGUGACAGAUGUUGAACAUCUUGAUUAUUCCUGCUUUCCACCGAAACGAACAGUAUGUACUUGUCGCGUAUUGAACUGUGUACGUCAACAAGUAUUAACCGAUUUCUUGUGCAUUAUAGUUAUACAUUCAUUCAGCAAAAGCUGA